CACGACACCAGCAGUGCCACUGCCCCGCUUCAGCCAUACAUUCACGCAACCGAUACCCAAACCCUCGGCCUGUGUCUACGAGAGAGAACACCAAAUCGGCUUCUGUGCCUGCUAGAAAUAAUUUAAAUUCAAACUUCUCCCUUGCCUUUGCGACGCAACCUUGUGUUUUAAAUCUAGACCAAGGACGCUAAAAAGUUCCGGUCAGGCCCCUACCAUCGACAAAAGCAAACGUCUCCUUUCCGUGCGUUUGAUAUCCGUGAGCAAGACGCUGCAGAACCAAGCUCGACGCUCCCAUCACAUUGCCCAUCAUGGCUGGCCGUUUCCCCGCACUGAGCACCUCGAACCUCCCUGCCGCUUCGUCUGAAGAGCAGUCGGCAACCGCAUCGCCUGCCCGAGGCACGGCUAUGCUCAACUCCAUCUUCAAAUCGGUCCGCGUUCCCGAGUUUCGCUUCAAGUGGAUGUUUUGGGCCGAAAAGGGCCAGCAAGCACCGCCCAAGGACAAGGCGGCGGCAUCAGAAGAAUACCUCACCCGCCCCAAGCCGCUGGGUGAGCAGAUUGUCUCGGUCAAGGAAUUCUACCAGCACUUCAACAACAUCCCCGUCGAGAACCUCAAGCUGCGCGACUCGAUACACCUCUUCCACCUGGGCGUGAAGCCCGUCUGGGAAGACCCGCGGAAUGCGCGCGGAGGCGCAUGGUACUUCAAGGUCAGCAAGGAUGUCGCGGCACAAUUUUGGCACGAGAUGUGUCUGCUUGCCGUAGGCGACGUGUUGCAAGGAGCCGUUGAGACGAGGCGUGCUUCCUUCAACGACGACAUCUGCGGCAUUUCGUAUAGCGUUCGCUGGAACGCGGUCCAGAUUGCCGUCUGGAACCGGGAUGCGGACAACGAGGAAGGCCGGCAGAAGCUUUUGGCUGUCAUUCUCGACAAGCUGUCCGAGGAGCUGCGGCCAAAGAAGGAGGAUAGCUACUGGUACAAGGCGCACAAGGAGCACAAGGGCUUCAUCGAGCAGCAGUGAGAGAAUUGCGGAUUCAGGCUUGGGACGGGGAGAGGAUAGUGUCGAGCCUCUGAUGUGUGCAUACAACAACCGCCGUCCACGAACAAUAGACAUGUUGAUUCCA